UGAGCUUUGAGGUUAUUGGUGUACUUUGAUUUGACAUUUUCUGGAAUCUGGAAAACCUAAAAUGAAAAAUGAUCAAAAAAGUAAUAGAGUUUACAAGAAUAUGAGGGAUUGUGAGGUGGAUCUCUGAUGGAGCAAAUCAAAACAACACAAUGGGUGCUCUAUCGAAAUUUCUUCUAGUAGCAUUCGAAAUAUCUAAUGAGUUGUAUGUAGCUGUGGGUGCUGGAGUCUUUGGCAUAGUAAUUCUGCUGAAACAUGGAUUUGAAAGUCACCAAUGUUUGAAGACUCUAUCAGUUAUCACUCUGACUACAUGCAGUUUGAUCUAUAUUAACAGUGAAAAGCAGAAGAUUCAGGCUAGUAAGAAGAAAGUUGUAUGUAUUACUGGAUGUGAUUCAGGUUUAGGAUAUUCUCUAUCUCAGCAUGCUGUGGAUAUGGGAUUCACAGUAGUGGCAGGAUUUUUGAGCCUGGAAUCAAAGGGAUCCAAGCAAAUUCGAAAGGUAUAUGGCAGUAACAUCAUCCAAAUUCAGAUAGAUGUUACAGAUAGUAGUAGUGUGCAAUCUGCUGUUCAAACUCUGGAACAUUUUUUCAGUAGGAAUCAAGGAUAUUCUUUACAUGCUGUGAUUAACAAUGCUGGUGUUAUGGUAUUUGGAGAGUUUGAAUGGUUGACUGAAAAACUGAUUCAGCAGCAGCUUGAUGUCAAUCUUCUUGGUACUUUCAAAUUUACAAAUGCUUUGUGUCCUCUACUUAGGCAAUAUAAAGGAAGACUCUUAACAAUAACUAGUCAUUGUUCUCAAACCACACUACCUGGGCUCGCCGUGUAUGGAGCGACAAAAGCUGCUCUAACAGCUUGGAGCGACGGACUGAGAAUCGAAAUGUCAAAAUAUGGAGUGAGCGUCCUGACCUUCAUCCCUGGCUCUUUCACCCUCCAAAGCAACAUAAUGGCCAGACAACUGCAAAAUGUCCAGGAAAUGCACGACUCAUUCACACCUGAACAGCAUAACUUCUAUAGUGACUAUUUUAAGCGAUAUAAUGUGUACUUGUCCUUUAUAACCCCUCCCCCCACGCCUGUCAAAAUCGAAGACGAAAGUUUGUAUGUACAGUUUGAAAAUGCCCUUCUUGAUAAAUAUCCUAAUGUAGUUUAUAAAAAUGAAUCUCUUCGUUAUCGAAUUUAUCACGUCUUGUUCAAAUGGAGUCCUAUUUGUGUACGAGAUUAUUUUGUGACGAAGUUCAUGCAGAUGCCUGAGUAUGUACCGGCACAAAGUAAAGAUAUCUAUGAUGAUAUCGAAGAUAUUGAUGAAUAGGAUGAAUAAAUUAAUUUAUGCAGUCUUGUUGUUGUUUUCCAUCAGAUAGGCAAUUAAGUAGCUUCAAAAAUUACCUUCCUGUCUAAUUUGUAGGGGUCGCCAAGACAAGAAUUCUUUAGAUUUAUUUUAUGCUAUACAAAUUUCAGGAUAAUGAAAUGAACCUGACGUCAAAAAAAUAUGUAUUUUUCUUUGAAGGGAAAAAAGUUUGACAUGUUAUCUAUGUUGACAGGUAGAAAAAUGUCACUAUACAUAAAAUUACAUUUUUCCUGUGAAAAGACGCAUUCGAAUUUAUAAUCAGUGGCGCCAGAAAAUUUAUUUACAGAGCAUGCCCAAAUAUCACCCAAGAUAUUAUGAGUCUAUGUGAUUUACUAAAUCUUGAUGUCUUGAAUCUAAAAUUACUUCUAGUCUUCUUGAGAUCAAGACAAGAUCUUGACAUUUUCAAGAAGUUGACGACCCCAACUAAUUUGUAUGUGUUAUAUUUUGACAGCUAUUCAACAAUGAGGGCUAACAUUUUCACUAACACCAGUUGGUGCUACUAAAACGUGAGGUCAGUGUCAAAGUCGAACAUCCCAAAACUUUGCCGGAUAGUCGAAAAUAUUCAAAAAAAAUAUGUAAAAUUUCUGAACAAAUAGAAAAUCUCAAGUAAUCGAAAGACUUGAGCCAACUCACGUUUUUAUACUCUCAAUGUGGAUCAUCAUGACCAAUUCUUACAUUGAAACGAAAAUAGAAGUAUAUUCAUCAGUUCUACCAACCCUGACCCCACGAUUUUAAAUAAAAGUGU